AUGCCCUACCUCGCCUUGGCAUCGCCCAAGCACGCCCGCCCGGCAGGCCUCCGGGGCCCAGGCGGCCUUGCGCUCCACAGCACCCGCCUGCGGCGGCUGGCCGCUGCUGGGGCGCCGCCAGCGGGCCCGGAUCCGGAGCAGGCGGGGGCGCGGCCCUCGGGCCCAGCGCAGGCGCGGGCGCCGCCUUCCCAGCCGGACUGGUACAAGGCAAAGUUGAACCGCUUCAACCAGGAGCACAAGCAGGCGCAGGAGCGCAUUGCGAGGGAGCGCCUUCAUUUUCAGCGAGUCAUGAGGUCUGGUGCGGUGCUCUUCCUGCUGAUGGCUGGCAUCGGUUUCCCCGGCAUGGAAUACGGCAUGUAUAUGACUUCUUUGAUGCGCGCUCUGCUGCGCAUCAAGCAGAAGCUGGAGGGGGUCGAGGCAGGCAAGGGGAAGGCGCAGGGCAUGGAGGGUCAGGUGCAGCAGCUGCUGCAGGAUGCUCAGGACCGCGACAAGCUCUGCCGCAUGUAUGUGGGCUGGCAGGCGUGGUGCUAG